CGGUUGGCUCGCAGGCAGGUUCAACGUCCGUCGGCCGGGAGCUCCAGGUCCGGUCGCGAUGAGGACACUAUCGUCCAGGCACACACGCCCCGAAGCAGCGACGUCGUUGGGAAUCAUCGUGACGACGUAUCACCUGGAACAACCGGGCGAGUGAAUCCAGAGCGACGGGAACCCCAACGCGGAUACGCGCAUUCCCGGUGACGCAUGUACUGCCAGAAGCAACGCGGGAUAACGAACCCACGGCGGUGAAGCGGAGGAAGAGGGAAAGGGCGAAGGUGGGAAGAGAGGAAGGGAGACAAGCUAGAUGGGCAGAACGCGCACGUAGAGGUAUGCGUACGUUUUGCGAAGGACGAAAUACGCGGCGGGCAUGAGGCCGGCGCCGUAAGGGGCAUGUAAAUCUUCCACCCGUGAAUAUACAACGAAAGCAAUACUACAAACAAGGUAAUCUCGAGGAACAAAGCAGAGGCAAGCCGCACACACGCAGACACUUUCUGCCACCCUCCCGUGAUCUCGCACCUAAUCUCCGCCGUCUGAUCGCGCGCUUCAGAAUCACCCCGGAACAGCGUGCCAUUCCAUCCCCUCAGCUCGAACUCGAUCAUCGCGAUCGACGGUUCCUCCCAGCUCCUCGCUUCACUUAAGAGAUAUUUUAAUAUGAAUGUAUACACGCGCAUAUAGGCAUCGCGAUCACGUACGCGCUCACUCUCUCAUCCUUGUAUAUAGUUAUACAAAAAAAUAUAUAUAUACAUUUAUACGCAGAGUCCUAUUGAAUAAUCGUGCAACGACGUUUAGGAUUAAAUCAAGCGACAAUUAGCCAGGACAGCUACCUCGAGCUGAGCAUUUUAUCCUUCCCGAGGAGAUAGGCGUCCUCGCGCCUCCUUGUUACAGGAAGAGAUUUCAAGUGGAAGGAACGAUUGGCACAGUAUCAGCGACUGAUAGAUCGAUACGAGGCGACCAUGUCGCGCCUCAGGAUAUAUGAGAGAGCGCGCGCGAAUGGGACAAACGAUUGGUGUAUCGACUGAGACACGUCGUGUGCGAUCGUCGCGUUGAUCACCGGGAAGAUAAACCCGGCGUUUUUCCGGACAUGAAAACGAGCGGAGCAGGACAGUUGACGGUACGUUGAACGGUAUAUACAUACAGUGCGCCGGCGGGGAGCUGCGAAUUCCUCGAGGAGGAUUCGCGCGCGAUACACGCGAUUGGUACUGCGCGAUCGUGGCGCGGGAACGCGGCCGCAAUAAAGCGCGUCGUCGCACCGAGGAACCGAGGAAGGAAAGAUAGUCGGGGCUCAAGAGGGUUGUGUUUACCCCGCGCGGUUGUUUGGUGAUCUUAGAGCGAUACUUCGAUAUUAAUCCCGGAAGGAGGACGCCGAUCAGCCAAGAUGCCGCGGUGCUACAUGGUAAAGAAGGCCCUGUGCAACAAGUACAUAACCAGCGUUGCCAGAGGAUUUGAGAGCUGGGGCCGCGGAAGGAGUACACCAUCGCCAACCACCGUGCAGCUGCCCGUCUCGCCUGUAGAGGGGUGCGCUGCAUCCCCUGUUGCACAAGAAUGUCGCGACGUGCAACCGAAAGACGCAACGGCCAUCGCGACUCCCGCCGUGGCCGAUGCAGAGCCCCCGAAGGAGCAGCCGAGCGACGCAGACACGGCCGUCGUGACAACGGCGACGAUAACGGCAUCGUCGUCCGUCAUCACGACGACGCCCGCGACGGACUAUUCGACGACGACGCGAAUGGAGACAGCCGUGAUCGCAUGCACCACCACGACGUCUCUGACGACUCUGUCUCCGGUGGAAACGAUCGUCUCUCCGGUCGAGGAGACUACAACGACGACAGUGACGUCUUUACCUCCGUCGGACGUGCAAACGACUCCCGUGAGACCCGAGGAGACCACGGCGACGUCUAUCGCGACGCUGCACCAUCCACCACCUACCAAAGAACCGUCUCCACCAUCCAGCACGUCGACAUCCUAUCACCUGGAGGAUACUCCGGAGCACUCAGCACCGCCCGAUUCUAGGAUACGCUUGGUUGCCACGUCCUGCGGCAUGUCCAUGUCCGGCCAUGUGUCGUCCAUGUUCAAAGAUCGCUCCGCGGCGGAGACUGAGGCGGCGCACGACCUCCUAGAGCUCUCCCGAUCGCUUCCUCCGUUGCCGCCGCCGAGUGUCGCGAUCGGUCCUCAGAGCGUUAUCGAGGCGCCAGCAAGUGACGUUCAGGAGAUGACGGUCUAUCAGCCGGCGGAGCAACCGAUCUAUCAAGUGAACACGAUCGACCUGGCUGGUUCAACCAUUUACAGCCAUCAUCAACAGCAACAGCAGCAACAGCCCGCGGCUGGCAUCAUUUACGAAUCCAGCGCGACCAUCGUACCAUCCUCGGGCAGCGUUUUCAUACCUCUGUCACCGGUGCAGGAGAUCCUGCUGACGUAUAGUACGUCCACCGUACCGUGCACGUCAAUCGUCGCUCAACAACCGCAGGAUCAGUUGCUACCACAACAGCAGCAACAGCAGCAGCAGCAACCGCAGCAUCAGCAACAAUCGUUGCAACAGCAGCAACAGAUUGAAGCGACGCCGCCGCUGACGCCGCCGACCUCUGAAUGCAGCAGCGAUAUCGAGAAUAGUAACCCGAACUCGCAGCCGACACAAAAAGACAAGGAGGUACAAACCAUCACGGAACAGGCGGAGGGAGUGAAACCAGCCAGUUACACAUAUGACACGUUGCUCGUCUCCGACGGUAGGUCAAAAAACAAGAGGACGCCCGCCGCGCAAAAGAACCAGGAAGCCGAGCCUAUCGAGGCGCCCGAGACCUCCAAGACCGGCCGUUACGUAUGUUGCGAGUGCGGCAAGCAAUAUGCAACUUCGUCGAACCUGUCGCGGCACAAGCAGACGCACCGCAGCAUCGACUCGCAAUCGGCCAAGAAGUGCAUCCACUGCGGCAAGGCGUACGUCAGCAUGCCCGCCCUGGCGAUGCACGUGCUCACGCACAAGCUUACGCACAGCUGCGGCGUGUGUGGCAAGAUGUUCUCGCGGCCGUGGCUGCUGCAGGGCCACCUACGCAGCCACACCGGCGAGAAACCGUACGGAUGCGCCCACUGCGGCAAGGCAUUCGCCGAUCGCUCGAAUCUGCGGGCGCACAUGCAAACGCACUCGGCGGACAAGAACUACGAGUGCCCGGGCUGCCACAAGUCGUUCGCUCUCAAGUCGUACUUGAACAAGCACCUGGAGUCGGCGUGCCAGCGCGAGAACGACGAAAGCAACGACGUUGACGCGCCGUCAUAAGCGGCCAGGGCCAGGUAGGUAUCUCGUUCGCGGCGACACGCGACACCCGCGUUAUCGCUCUUCACUUCGAGGAUCAGCGAGGAUCGAUUUACCUACCGUCUUCUUAAAGAACCGUUUCGUUGUACGUCGGACGAUUGUUUUGCCCGAUUACAUCUGCGACACAGUCUAAUAUCGUGCAAUGGCGCAAGGGGGUUAGACCUGCUGACACAUCACCUGCGAUCGAUCACAACUAUUCUCGCAUUUAGACCUAAGCGCGCGCCCGAAAUAAAGCGCGCCGUGCUAACCGAUCAAUCCGCAAUUUGCAGCCAGUCGUGUACGAAGAUUGCAGCGGCGUCAUCACGUUGACUGGUGAAAAAAAAAUAGUUUGCUGCGUAUACAGUACUUUUGCUCAUGGACCAAGAGGAGAAAAAGAGGACGAGCGAACGCACGGGAAGCAGCCGCUGACCUCUCAUCGCCGCGUGGAUGCGAUUGGUUUCGAUUGUUUUGCACGGAAUUCGGGUCUAUCGUUGCGCUCGAUUACGGCAGCAAGUCCUCAUGUUCCCUUUGUCUCCGCCGCGCGAUACCUGAAAAAAGCUCGCGCUUGUCAGCUCCAAGUUGGAUUUAACGUCAAUACUCGCUUGCAAUCAUUGUUUCCUCAAAUACCCGAAGUUUUCAUCCAGUCUGGAGUGUCUCUCUUAUUUUUAUCCCGCUAAUUUACUAAAUGUCUUUUGCGCCUUUUUGAAAAAUAUUUUCUCCACGAAAGGACGGCCGCAUUUUGAAUCCACAAAACCUGCGCGAGCUCUGUUCUUCACUGAUUCAGAUCGGAGUGGAUCGAAAAAUGCGCAAAGCGACGAGAGAGGGGGGGAGGAAGAGCUUCCAAUUACUCGAUAAGAUUUUGCUCGAAAUUACAGAAUGAGCUAAUGACUUGCUGUCGUUGUUGAGAGGAGCCUCAGCUCUUUUGUGCAUCAUAGACGACGAUCAGACGUCGAAUCACCGAUAACAUCCAAUUUCAACGGGUAUCUCUCGCUAAGCGUAAAGUGAUUCGAUUUUACCCGCCGGCUUAAACGUCGCGGAUGGGCGGACGGGCGAAAAUCUCAGGCCGCGCGGGAACGAGGACGAGUAAGGUAAUUGACAUAUCGGCGUCUCUAGAUCUCGCGUUCGGUCUCUUCCUCUUUCGCUGGGAGAGGAGUUUCUCUGAAUAUCUCACCAUUUCUUUCGGUCCCGAGUACACGUUCGGGCUAUUCUUAUGUCCAUUUUUCCGAUUUCUUUCGAUGUCGAGGGGAGAGGAAAUGAGCUUUGCGAAUUGCAGCGGGUCUUUCACAGGCUUCUCUACAGGAUGUUACGGGUAAGGAGUCCAUCCGCUCGUACAGGUAGAGCGAGUUACACUGAAAAGAAAAGUUAUAUAUCAUUUUAUAAAAUUCCCAAUAGUUAUCGCGUAAUUAAUUAAAACCUCUGAGCGACUAAGCGCCAAGAAAGGGGUAGGCCAGACUCGGAAGAUAUUAAAUUGGUUAUUUGUUUAGUCUUGUAGCGGUGAGGGACGAGCAGUGAGCAUCAUCUGAAGCUCGCCGCUCGCUGCGUGCCAACUUUUUCCGGUACGUCGCUCCGCCUCCGCUAUUGGACGCCCACCGUUGCUACGAGACUAAACAAAUAAGGUAUCUAACUUGCUUACCGAGUCCGGCCUACUGCUUCUCGUGCGUUCAUUUGCGCAGAUGUUUUUAUUUAUCACUCUAAAACUAUUGCGAAUUUUACAAAAUGGUGCACAACUUUCCUUUUCAGUUUAACCCGCACUACUUGUAUACGAGCGGAUGAACACCUUAUCCGUAACACCUUGUACCCCACACAGCGCACGUAGGUUCUAAGAAAGUUCUGAAAAUAUCAUAAAAGUAUAUUGAGUAUAUUCUACGAAUAUUCGAAAUACGUACUGCGAUAUACUAAGAAUGCUACUAGGUCCGAGUUUUCCUGCUUCUAUGUACAUACUGAGAAUAUCCCGAGCAUAAAUUUUAGUAGGGUCCUGGUAGGCCUGACCGUAAAUGCAACAUCGAGAAUUAUAAUUGCCUGAUCAGGUUUCCCUUAUCAAGACACGACUUGCCCCUUGUUACGCCUUACAAUUUCUAAUAGAGGGGUAGUAGGGCAUCAAUAAGGCUUCCUAUUAAAAAAAAUUAAUUUUUAAACUAACUUUUAAAUUGUGUUAAAUUAUAUA